AUGGCUUUUAUGUUGGGUGACAUUAAAAUGAAUUUGUCAGCAACGAAGCUUGUUCACUUAUUCGCUACUUGUAUGAACAAGUAUUGGCAAAUGGAUUCCAAGAACUCUCACAUUCUUUUUGCUCAGAAAUCUUUAUCAUCUCUUUCCACCUAUCCAUGUAUAGACUCGGAAAGAGGUGUCGUGACGCAAGUUAAAUUGGAAGGCCAAUUACGAUUGUGGCAUUUAACUUUCAUUGAAUUUCACGUUGCUAAUUGUUAUGCACCUAGUUCAUGUAGCAAUAUUUCUGGAAUUAUUCCAGAUUUGAACAUACAAUUGUUAGAAUCACCAUUUUAA